AUGUCCUCUAGCGAAAGUGAAUUGUCUUCAAGCUUAUCUUCCGACUCGUCGUACCUAUCGACAUGCGAACUGCCUCAAGAAAAUGGAGAUCAACAAGUAGCAAACGUGUACGACGAUAGUUUGGAGCCCCUUGCCAACGAAGAAGAAGUAUCGGAGUACCUCGAAUAAGUAGCCUUAGAGGAGGACGAAGAAGAAGAAUUCCGGAAGAGAUUCUCAAAUGAAGUUAAUGUUCAAAGCUGGUGUUCUUGCUCAAAUUGCUCUCUCAGCCUGGUCUUUAAACCAGAGGAAUGCAUUUGUUGCCACGAGAUGCUGAGUGUAAUGUACGGAGAUAGACCGAAGCAAAUGCAAUACAUCACACUGAGAUGCAUCGAUAAAAUUGAAGAAGCUGAGCUUGACGAUCAAGCAUGCAUUAGGGACCAUCCAGGAUUUMGAAAUGUCUGUCUGGACAAAUAUGUGUUGGAAGUUGCUGCUAUCGGCCUCAAGACAAAAAACAAAAAGAGUUAUGUUACACUGUAUAAAAAUGRGAACAAGUCUGAGUCACAGUUUCUUCGAUCUGUUGCAUACCGUCAAGUCUUUCGGUUUAUAUGGGGAUAUAUGGGAAAUGAUGUGAGGAAACCGCUGCCAUCUUGCAUCUAUAGUGCAAUCAGGUCAGAAUUUCCAAGCCAGGAUGGAAAUUAUAAAGGAUUUCAAGAAGAGGAAGAUGCUAUAGAAGAAACUGAAGACUGAGAUGAACAUGUGUUGUAAAUAUAAUAAUAUAAUAAUAGAAGUUUAUUUUCUUGAUGUAUUCAAUAUUGUAAUAACUAAUUGUACUAGGGUCAAAUACUAGUAUACCAAACAUUGUAAA